CUAUGCAGGGCACAUCAAAUGAGCAAAGAAGUUUGGGAUUACAUCUUCUUCAAGACAGCUCCAUUUCCUAAGACAGAUAUUUCAAAAGAGAAACUGGACAAGCUAAAAGAAGAGUUUGAAUUUUGGUAUCCUGUGGAUCUCAGAGUUUCUGGCAAAGAUCUUGUUCCAAAUCACCUCUCAUACUACCUCUAUAAUCAUGUGGCUAUGUGGUCAGAAAGAGAGAAGUGGCCAGUAGCUGUGAGAGCAAAUGGACAUCUCCUUCUCAAUUCUGAAAAGAUGUCUAAAUCUACAGGCAACUUUCUUACCCUAACUCAAGCUGUUGACAAGUUUUCUGCAGAUGGUAAGUGUGUUCUGACCUGCCUCAGCUUUUAAUGAUGCCAAAGUAACUAAA